AAUGAUUGAGAAAUGCAGAAACAAACAGUGUAUAAAAUGAUAAAAUUGAACAAUGAUUGAUUUGGAACCUCGCAUAUACAUCAUAUCGAAAAUUUUUUACAUAUUUGAUCAUCAGCUGCGUUUAUCAAAAAUGUCAAAGUUGUGACUGUCAGGUGUUGCAUGACAUAUCGACAAUUUUUGAAAAUUCCGGUGGUUAUAAUCACGCGAAUUGAAUAUAAUUAAUCGCAAGCGUAGAAUUACCUUGAAAGGGAUAACAACCAACUUUUUGCGAAUUUGUGAUGCAACAUGCGAGACGGUCUAUCGUAAUCGCAAUAAAUCGGAAGUUCCGCGCGUUCGUCACUUAUCCGAAACAUGCUUCUACCUCUAUCGUUCGUUCGGCUUUAGGAAAUUCGUGUUAUUAAUAAAAACAAUCAUUCAAAUACGUGAGCGACAAAAGACAGAUAAUGAUAAAUGUUGAAAAAGAAGGGAGAGAUUUACGGAAAUGGGUCGUUGCCGUGGAAGUAAAUUUAUCCAAACUUCAGUUUCAUUCUACCAUUUAAAUGUGCUUAUAAUUUUCUUUAGAAAGAAGAAUAUAUAUAGGAACUUGUCGAUAGCUGAAAUAGGAUAUCCGUUCUAAUUAAUUGUAAUCAUAAAUGUCGAAAUCAAUCUACCGUGCUACCGUAACUGCUUAAAGAAAAAAAGCAGAUAAAAAUUUGUUUAAUCGUGAUGUCUUCGAAAUUUUCGAUAUUAUAUAUAUGAUUGCUAAAAUCUUCCUGAUGUUUGAAAUAAAAAACAGUUAUUUAUUUCUUUAUCACAGGUAAAGCUUAAGGUAUCGGAUAUUUAUGUGUGUGUGUGUGUGUGUGGAUAUGCUUCCAUAUAAAAAAUUGAAAUCUUAAAUAGUUAUAUAAUAUAUUCAUCCACACAAUAUUUAAAAAGGAAAAGUAAGCAUGUUCACUGUUUAAAUACAUUUCCGUCUGUUUACGGUGUAUCGAAACCGUUGCGUUCGAAUUAACGAUACAUUUAUAAUACAAAAGUGCAUACUACACAAAAGUAACCAUCCACGAACUGUCAAGAAAUCGUCAAGAAAAUGAUUGCAUAUUGGUGUUUCGUCUCACUGUUAUACUACGGAUUCAUCGUUCAAACAAACGGUCUAUUUCGCACACGUGGAAUAUUCCCGCCGCUGAAGGAUCCCAAUUUAUUGGUCGAAGAUAUCGUAAGACAGAAUGGCUAUCCCUUCGAACUUCAUCAUGUAACAACUAGGGAUGGAUAUAUAUUAGCAAUGCAUCGGAUACCAUCUAAAAAUAUGAAUAACAAUAUGCAAAAUCAGCGAGUGGUAUUAGUGAUGCACGGAUUGUUGGGAUGUUCGGCAGAUUGGCUAGUAACGGGAAAUCGAUCAAUCGCUUAUCUCUUGUCCGACAAUGGAUACGACGUGUGGCUCGGUAACUCCCGCGGAACAACGAAUUCGAAAAAUCAUACAAGACUUUCCGUGGAAAGUGCUCAAUUUUGGGACUUCAGUUGGCACGAGAUGGGUAUCUAUGAUUUACCCGUUAUGAUAGACUACAUAUUAUGUAAAACCGGCCAGAAACAGUUGUUCUAUAUAGGUUUUUCUCAAGGAACAACGCAAUUUUGGGUUCUAAUGUCUCUCAAGCCGGAAUAUAACAGAAAGAUCAAACUCAUGACCGCUUUAGCCCCCGUAGCUUAUACGGGACAUAUUGGCGGUGCGUUAAGGCCUCUAAGUUUCUUCGGGAAUUUUUUUGUUCCCUAUUUUAAGUACAUCGGAUUCUUCGAAUUGCUAUCAAAUACAGACAUGGAGAAAAUUAUGGCACGUACUUUCUGUCGGGAAGGCAUGAUGACUCAACCUAUAUGCGAGUUUGUUAUUUCCUCGAUCGGAGGCUUCAGCGAUUCCGAAAUGGAUCGUACACGUCUGGAUGAAUAUCUACAGUUCGCGCCGGCAGGAUGUUCGUUUAAACAAUUACUUCAUUACUCGAUGGGUAUUCAAAAUCCAGGACGUUUUCGAAGUUACGAUUACGGUAUUUUAACGAAUCUCUUAGUAUAUAGACGAAUCGAACCGCCGGAAUAUCCCGUGGAAAGAAUUACAGCCCCAGUGAUUUUCUACAACGGCCUCAACGAUGUUUUGGCUCAUCCGAAUGAUGUUGAGAUAUUGCAAAGAAAACUACCGAACUUAUUGGGGAAGUAUACGGUUCAGUCAAAGCCACUGGGUCAUUUCGAUUUCGUAUACGGUAAGAGUAUACGAGAUCUCGUUUAUAAUGAUCUAAUUGAAAAGAUGAAUUCAAUUCCAUAAAGAUAGUCAUCGAUUAAUAAUUAAAUCUCAAUAUCUUCAAUUAACUAACUACCAACUGAAAUUAUAGAAGAUAGAAUUUUGUCAUUAGGCUUAUCUGCUUUUCUUUUACAUUGUAUAUAACUAAAAAACAAGGAAUCUAAAAAGAAGGAAACCAGAUUGAAACAGAAAUAGGGAAGGGAGGACACUUAAUUAUUUGACUAGUAAUGAGGAUCUUCAUUGUUUUCAUUCAAUACGCAAAAAUCCACGAUCCACGGCUCUUUUAGAUUUUUACCUUAUUAAUCGAAUAACAAUCUUUAACAGAAUUACAUCAGAGAAAAUGCGACUAUUUUGGUUGAUAAUACAUUGUCAAUUUUAUUAUAUCCUCUUCCCAUAUAAAUCUUGAUAU